AUGAUUUAAUAACAAUAAGAAAUUGUAAUUGAACCACCUCUCUAUUUUGCUAAAGAUCAUUUAUUUGACUUAAAUUUUCACCCUUUUUAAGAUGUUGUAUGUUGUGCAUAGGUUUCAGGAGUUGUGAAUAUGUAAUCAUUUUUAUCCACAAUUUAAGAUUGAAAUAUUCAUCUGAUGAUGUAGUAGAAAUAGCAGCCUUUACACAUCAUUAAUAAUCUGCAAGAAUUAGUUAAUUCUUUAGAGAUGGUUAACACUUAAUAACAGCAAGCAAAGAUUGUUCAUUUGCUAUCUUAGAUAAUAAUGGUAAAAUGGUAUUACAUCAACUCAAAGCUCAUAAGUAUAAUAAUAAUCUAUUUAAAUAGACAUGCUAUAAAUGCCCUUAAAUAAUUGAAUGAUAGUAUUAUAGCUACAGGUGAUGAUACAGGAAAUAUUAAAAUAUGGGAUUUAAGAUAAAAUAAAUGUGUAUUUAAAGUAAAGGAAGCUGAAGAAGCUAUUUCUGGAAUUGAAAUAGAUUCAUCAAAUAAUUUAUUGCUUUCAUCAAGUUUAGAUGGUUAUUUAAGUGUUCAUGAUUUAAGAUUCUAAAGUACAAAUGAAAAAUGUUUAUAUGCAAAAAGUGAUUGUAUGGAAGAGGAAUUAACAGAUAUUUGUUUGGUCAAAAAUGGUUAAUUUGUUUGUAUAUCAACAAGUGAAGGUAAUUUAUUAUUAUUUAAAUGGGAUUAUUUUGGAGAUUUUAAAGAUAGAAUAAUUGGUCAUCCUAAUUCUAUUGAUUCAAUUGUAAAUUAUAAUAUUAUAUCAAUUAGUGUAAAAUAGAUGAACAUUCAAUAAUUACAGGUGGUGAAGAUGGUUUAGUAAGAGGAGUUUCUGUUUUCCCAAAUAUGAUAACAGGAAUAUUAGGUUAACAUGAAGAUAAUUCUUAUUUCCCUAUUACUAAAAUAGUUGUUGAUAGAACAUAAAAAAUUGCAGCUUCAUUGUCACAUGAUAGUUCAAUUAAAUUUUAUGAUAUUGCAGAUUUUGUCAAUAAAAGAAAAUCAGCUAAAGUUCAAGUUAAUGAAGCAGAAUUUGAAUAUACUAAUAAAUAAACUUAAAAAGAAAUAGAUAUGGAAGGAGAAUCUGAUAGUGAUUCUGAUGAUGAUAAUGAUGAUUCAGAUGAUGAUGAUGAUGAUGAAGGUAAAUAAAAAAAACAAAAAAGUUUAAAAACUAAAAAUCUUUAAUAAUCUAUUGCUAAUCUUAAAAAGUAGAAGAUUAAAUAGUUUUUUGACAAAAUGUGA